GUCGACUCGAGUGUGUGUGCGGCGCCGCGUUUUUCGCAUGCUGAAAAUUCGUGUACAGUCGCACGCAAUUCCGUAAACCCAUUUCAAUAACGACAACAACAAUAAUUGUCUGUAACGUUGUUGAACCGAAAACGCCGGCGGUGUCGUAGUCCGGCGCGCGUUUGUCCGUUCGUCUCGUCGUCGGUAGUGCGAGCGCGCUGCGCCGGCGGUGGUACGACGACAACACUGGUCCCGUCUCCGCCGUCGUCGUCCGCCGCGACGACUAGACCGUGGUGUGUAAUACGGGGCGGCCGUGUUUGUGCGUGCGUGCGUGCGUUACCAGCGAUAACGCGUACGUAAAAGACAACAAACGUCGCGUCGAAAUAAUAAUAAUAAUAAUAAUAAUAAUAAUAAAAAAAAUUGUAAUGUACGAUUUUUAGUAGAUAAUAUACCGACGGGAAAAAAAAAAAAAAUAAAUAAAAAUAAUAUCAUUUUCAAAUACUAUUAUCAUCGUUGUUAUUGUCGUAUUGUCGAUUCGCUCCCGCGCUACGUUCCGUCGUGCACGCCGUUUUCGAAUCGUCUCGAUACCGACAAAACAGUGCGCCGUCCCGGAUUACCGUCUGCGUAUUGGCAAUAACAACUGCGCUAUGCGGAGCCACCGCGCCACAUAGCCGCCACGGUCGACGUCCGUUUCCCCGUGCGCCGCUGGCCGGUCCGUGUCCAGCGCCAGCCGCCGCCGCGGGGCGCAAGAGCCCGACCACAUCUGUCCAAGGUACGAGGCGUAAAAGGCCCCCCGGGAAACCGUGUCGCACCAUCGCCCCGUUACGAUAUCCGAACGGUCGUCCGGACGCGGGAGACGGGAUUGUCGCGGUCAUGUCGCGGUACCGCCGAGCGACGACGUGCGAUACCGCCUAAAAAGGGCAUAUGCCACCGACUGCGUCGUAACCGCGCGCUUUUACGCUGGUCGGCAGUAGUGUACGCCGCCACCGCGGACGAUCGUUGUCAACAGCACCGCCGUCGCCGCAGUCCGUCACGGCGGGCGCCCGUCUCGUUCCGAUAUUAUGUAAGUCUGUAGUUCCUAUCGCAUGUUCUCGGCGUGCCGUAUUGUUGUUGUUGAGCUUUAAUCAACCGCCCCCGUCCCAUUAUCCGUCCCUCUCGACCGCCUAUCCCGCAUGCCGUCCCGUUUACUGGCAAAAGACCCGUGCGCCGUGUCGAAAUCCCGUCUCGGAAAUCCUCGUCGAAACGGGAUCGCGCCGUAGUCUUGUACGGUACGCGGUGACCACUGGGACAAUGGUAUCCGGUCCGUCAGUUCCCUACAAUUAAUCACCUAUUUGGUUCUUUUUCAUGUACUACCCAGAUUGCUGCGAAAGAGCGGCCCUUGUACUGUUGACGGGGCGCACAGUCUCUCGCGCGCCUUUUGGAUUUUCAAUCGCUGUCACACAAUGAGUUCUCACGGAUGGUGCUAUUGAACGCCGGCAUUAUUUUGCCGGCGUCCAAUCAAGACAUGGACGGCAGUAGCGGAGCCAAGCAAGCAGACAGUUGGCACAAGCAUGAACCAUUCAUGAUGGUUGAAAAGCAAAAAAAUAAAGGUUAGUAGUACCUAUUAAGGAGACUCAAUGUGCCUAAUGAGAUUAUCUAAAUCAAAUAAGUUCAUUGUACGUCAUACGCAUAAUAAUAAUAACCUAUUAAGUUAGUCGCAGUAAAAAUAAAAUCCAUGGGCCCCUUGUCAUCUGCUGUUCUUUUUAAGAAAACAAACAAACUUUAUUUUUAUCGUUGUUUGUUAUUUAUUGGGUUUUAGUCUUGACCCUCUUUGAGUUUGUGAACCCAUAAGAACUAACUGUGUUGUGUUUUAAAACAAUUUUUACCAGAUGUCGAUAGUGUCCUUGAAUACAUUUGGAUACAAUGAAAUCUCUACAUAAAAACACAUGUUUAGACAACUGUUUUGAUAAACAGUAAUCCCAUUAUCCUUUUUCUUUUAUUAUUUUUAAAAUUUUAUUGUUCAAAACUAACGUUUAUCUUUCAUAAUAAUUAUUAUACUUUUUAUGUACUAUCGUAUACACAUAUUUUGGACUUGAAUAAAUCACUUUUUGUUUUUGUAUGUUAUCCAUACCGUUUUAGAAAUCACUAGGUAUUAUUUAGUAUAUCUAUUAAUUCUUUGUUCAUUUGCAAAUUUACAUAAUAAUUUACACAAUUUACAUGUAAUGGGUACUUAUAUUCAUUAAACUUCACCCUAAAAAUGUUUUUAUUAAUUUACUUCAAUUGUGUUUAUACACAAUAUGUUUUUCAAAUGCUAAGAAACUUGUACAUUAUCUACUUUUUCCACUUAAAACUACUUAAGUUCUUAAAAAUACUGUUUUUAAAAAGUUAUCUACAUUUUCAUAUUUUACUACUGAAUUAUAAUUGUCAUAUAAUAUUAACUAUUUUGUCAUUUAAUACUGCAUAGGAUUUUAAAAUCUGUUUUCAUGUGUUAGUCUUUUUUUUUUAAAAACUUUUUCUUAUAAACCAAGUGUAUACAAUUUUUAAAUAUUUCUUAAAAGAUGCAUAUGUUUUUGUUUGUUUCACAUUCAUUUUUGGAUAAUAUUAUGUGAUUAGUUUACCAAUUCUUAUAAGAAUCACCUAACUGCAUAGGUGGUGGUAAGUUGGAAUAAGUAAUGUAAUAUAGGAAAUCUUUUGACUAUAAAAUAUAUUGUAAUUACAUAAGACUGAUGGUUAUUUUAUGUACCCUACUUAAAAAUAACAUUACAUUACACAUGACUGUUGGGUAAUUUAGCAAAUUAUUUGUCAGUAAUUUAUUUCAAAUGCGUUUUCUUACUUGUAUGUGUUUUAAUCGAUUCACUGGCAGGCAUAUGGUUGGGGAUUAGAUGACACACUAUAAAUAGAUUCUCUGUACUGUCGAAACUAUUUAUAGAGGUUUGUUAAUCGGUCUACACGUUUUAAAUUCCAAAUUCUACUCUAAGGAGCUGAACUCAGAACUUAAUAUACCUAUUCAACUUAUAUGUAAUGUAUGCACCUAUCAAAUGUAUGUAUUAUGAUAUAAAAUCAAUGAACUUUUAUCUUCUGAACUAUUCACAAUUUGUUGGCUGUUGGAGAAUUUAAAUUUAUGUUUUAUGCAAUUCUUUUUUAUUGUAUAAUAAAUUGCUAUCUAACUACAUAAUGUAUGUGGUGAAAAAUAAUUAAAAAAUAAAUCAAUGAUUUAACAGUUGUGACCUUGCUCAAUGCAAUAUUUUCCUUUUGUUAUUUGAAGACCUAUCUGAUCAAUCAAGGAAACUAGUAUUAGGUAGCAGAAUUUCAAAUUAAUUAUUUUCAUUGGUACCUAUCUAGAAUAAAAUAUGUAUACCUACAGUUUUUCUAUUUUAUACGGGAAUAACUGUUUUUCAAAUGUUGUCUACAAAUUAUUGUGGUAUAAAAAAAAAAUAAAUUACUUCUUUUAAUAAUACUGAUUAUUGGUAUUAAUAUUUUAUUAUUAUUUUAUUAAGGUCAUGGCCAAGGAUCCCAAGAGAGUAAUUUUGGUUUUGGUGGCGGUCCUUUGUAUGGAAGACUUGUUGCUGAAGACCAGUUACCAAUGGUUGGCGGUGUUGCUCCCGUGCACGCAGAUAUUCACGCGAUGCAAGCUAGAAUACCGCCUCACUUUCGAGAUCCAUCAGCGGCACCCUUAAGAAAACUUUCGGUGGACUUGAUAAAGACUUAUAAGUUUAUAAAUGAGGUAAGUACCUAUAUGAAAUUAUAAAUUUUUACUUUACGAUCUUGCUCAAUUUUAAACAGGUCAAUACUAUUUAAAAUAUAAAUACAUUACCAUUUGUAGAUCUAUUCAAUUGCUAGGUAUCUAUUAUGAAUAAUGCUCUAAGGUCAUACUAUUGUACUUAUGUUAUAGUAAAACUAUAUGCUCUCUUGAUUUGUUGUAAAUUUAUAUUUUAUCCUAGAAAAUGUGUUUUUUUUUUCUGAACCUGUUGUGAUAUUUUCGUUAGAACAAAUGUAAAGCAUAUUAUACCUACAUAUCUAUCCAAGUUCUACUUAAUUGAGUUUUAGUUGGGAAAUAUUUUCUUUUGGAAUGCACACACAAUUUUUGUAAUAUCAAUGGUGAAAAGGUAAAAUGUCAUAAACAAUAAAAUAAUCGUUAACAACAUAUUUUGCUAUUCUUGGUACAUAGUGCAGCAUCCCACAUUCAUACAUCUAACGCAAGUGUUUUUACGUUAAUUUUAGAGCUGUUAAUAUCCUUUUUAAAAUUUUGUCAAAAAUUGCAUUAAUUAGUAUGUAAGGGUAGGUAAAAUCAGGCAUAAAUGUAAUUCGACCGUCAUAAACGACAUGAUACAUGACCACAUUUUUAUACAAAGGGUUAACCCCUUUUUUUUAUACAUCAUUUAAAAAUAAUAUUCCCACUUUUUUUAGUGAUAUGCAAACUAUAUUAAAUGAUAAAAAAUAAAAAUAUUAUUUUACAUCAUUUCUUUCUUUACCUUAAAAACAUGCCUAAAAAGAAAAUUCUCAUGCUCAUAGAGUGGUUUGAUUACAAAGGUUAUUUUUGCUGAAAGAGAAAAAGAGACUUCCUACAAGUCACAUUGAACUCUGUUUUUCAUUAUUUUCAUUUCAAACUUUAUAAUAUGUUUUUAAAAAUGGUUAAUUUUUAACUUUUUUUAAUACUAUAAUUUGAAAUCAAAUGCAAAUUUAGAGUUCAAUGUGGUCCAAAAAAAACUACAAAAAACAAUACAAACCUGAUAAAUGUGUCAUUUAGUACAGAUUUGGAGUUAACUACAAACAAAAUUUGUUCAGUGUUGAAUAGAAUUCAGGUAAACAAAAAUUCAUAUCACAAACAAUGUAAAAUUUAAUAUUUUAUUAAUUGAUUAAUAUUUUAAUUUUUAAUUUAUGAUGAAUUCUAUUUUAUACAAAUAGUUGUUUUAAACAUAUUAUUUACUUUAAGUUUAAGUACAAAUUUGAUAAUAAUUUUAGAAUUCUAAAAGUAAAACUAAUUGAUGAUUUUGUCUUUAUCAUCAAUUUAUCCAUAAUCAAUUAAAUUAGUGUAUUUAAUUGUGUGUUUAGAAAAAUAUAAAUUGGAUGCCUUAAUUUGUUUUGUUUGAUUAUGUGUAUCAGUUGAAAACUAAAGGCCUGACUGGUCUGUAAAAAGUAAAACUAUUAUAUAUAUAUUAUUAAUCAUUAAAAAGCAAAUAAAAUUCUCUUCAAAAUUGUAUUUUAUUAAAAAUUAAAUUUUUUUCUGUGUAACUAAUUAUAAUAAUAAAUACUGAGUAUAAUAUGAUACCUAAAUUAAAUUAAUACUUAUAAUAUUCCCCCCUCUUUUUGCAGUAGGAACUAAUGUAUACAUUUGUUUUAUGUAAAUGCAAUUAAUUACAACUUUUAGGAAUUCAUAAUGAAACUAUUUAAAAUAAUUAAUUCAAUAUCAUUUAUAAGAUUCUAUUUUAAGAUUAUUGUAACAAGUUAACAUAUGAUUUUAUUAGGGUUUCACUAAGUGGAUUCGGAUAAAUAGUUAUGAUAUUAACUAUUAAAUAUGAUUAAAAUAAGUAGAAUCAACUUACUUUUAUCAAUAUGCUUUUCGGUAUUUUAUGAUAAUAGCUUCUAAGAAUGUUAAGAAAAAAUUUUUAUUUUAGUAAAGAAAACCCAAUAAUUCAUCGAAAAAUAAUAAAACAACAAUUGAAUAGAUUUCUAAAUUCAGUUCUUAAAUUUUUCUUGACUCUUGGGAAUACCAUUUAUUUCUAGUGGGUUUGUUUUAUAAUGUUCUGUGUUGAAUUUGUAUGUAUCAAAGGUCAAUUAUUUGAUCUUUUUAAUCUUAGUAACCUAGUUUUGUAGAUUACAAAUUAAUAGGAAUAUAAUUGUGUUGUGUUAUAGUAAGUGUAUAAGCUUAAUUAUGUUUCUUUGUCAUAAUAGUUUUGUUUAUUAAAGUGAUAGUUUCAUUUUUUCAAAUUAUUAUUUUAGAAGAAAACUAAAAGACAUACAUGUUUGAACAACUGUUGAAUAUUGUGGGUUUUGUUUGUAUCUAUAAAAUACAGUUUAAACUUUUUAAAUAAUUUGUGACAUAGUUUAUAUAUUUUUUUUAAGGUUUACUAUGCUAAAAAAAAAAAAAGAGCUGGUGGUGGAGCGGUUGGAUUGAGUAGCCAACCACAAAAUAAUGGCGCACCCGUCGAAGGUCCCGUGGCCAAUAAAAAAGAGAGGAGAGUAUAUAAUGAUGGCUAUGAUGAUGACAAUCACGAUUAUAUUAUUAGAAGCGGGGAGAAGUUUUUGGAUCGAUACGAAAUCAUAUCCUUGUUGGGUAAAGGAUCAUUUGGACAAGUGAGUUAAAUAUAUAGACUGACAGAUUUUAUUUAUUGUGUUUAAUUUUUUUUUAGGUUGUCAAGGCCCGUGAUGAAGAAGAAGAUUGUUAUGUAGCAAUUAAAAUAAUAAAGAACAAAAAACCAUUCCUUAAUCAAGCUCAAAUCGAAGUUAGGCUAUUAGAAAUGAUGAAUAGAGCUGAUGUUGACAACAAAUACUAUAUUGGUAUGUGGAAAACUAUUCAUAAUAUGUAUUUUAAAUGAUAAUUGCUAAUUAAUAUAAUUGAUUGUUUACAGUUAAACUCAAGCGACAUUUUAUGUGGCGCAAUCAUCUGUGCCUAGUGUUUGAGUUAUUAUCGUAUAAUUUGUACGAUUUGAUUAGGAACACUAAUUUUAAAGGUGUUUCUUUAAAUCUUACACGCAAAUUUGCUGCUCAACUAUGCACGGCUCUGUUGUUCCUAUCCACACCAGAUCUGUCCAUCAUACAUUGCGAUCUGAAACCCGAAAACAUAUUGUUGUGCAAUCCUAAACGAUCAGCAAUUAAAAUAGUAGAUUUUGGCUCAUCUUGCCAACUUGGCCAAAGAGUUAGUUUUGAAAAAAAUGAUCUUUAUUGAUAUAAUGAUUAUUUAAACAUGUUCGUUUUUUUUUUUUUUUAUAGAUAUAUCAAUAUAUUCAAUCACGUUUUUAUCGUUCACCUGAAGUUCUACUCGGUAUACCAUAUGAUCUGGCAAUCGAUAUGUGGAGCUUAGGAUGUAUAUUAGUAGAAAUGCAUACUGGAGAACCAUUGUUUAGUGGAACAAAUGAAGUACAUUUAUUUUAAUAUAAUAUUAAAUUUAUUAAAUAUAUUGUUGAUGAGAGGGAAAAAAAUACUAAAUUUAAUUUAACUUUUUUCAGGUUGAUCAGAUGAAUAAAAUCAUUGAAGUAUUAGGGAUGCCUCCCAAACAUAUACUUGACCAAGCCCAAAAAGCCCAUAAAUAUUUUGAUAAAAUGCCUGGUGUUGAGUCUUAUACACUAAAAAAACCUAAAGAUGCUAAAAAGUAUAGGAAUCCUGGUGGUCGAAGGUUACAUGAUAUACUUGGUGUGGAAACCGGAGGUCCGUAUGCUAGGCGAUUAGGGGAACUCGGACAUUCAGUGUCUGAUUAUCUUAAAUUUAAAGUGAGUAUUUCUAUAAUACUGUAUAAUUAUAUAUUUUGUUUGUGGCUUUAAAUUAUGUUAUCUAAUGAGUACAUGUUGUGGAUUCUAGGAUCUUAUAGUUCGAAUGCUAGAUUACGAUCCCAAAACUCGAAUAACACCUUAUUAUGCAUUACAACAUAACUUCUUCAAAAGGACUUCUGAAGAAGGUACAAAUACAGCCAGUGGUAUCGCUCAAGCCGGACUGCAUAGUUUAGGUGCUAGUCCGCCGUUUAAUAGUUUACCUAGUAAUAACGGCCCAGGAGACACUAAUGUGCAAUCAUCUGGUAAGAAUAUUGUUAUUUAGUGUUUAAUAUUAAUUAUGUUAAAAAAAAAAAUAAGCAUACUCUUAAGUCUCAAACCUUUUGUUUUCAAUUAAUGAAGUCAUUAUUAAAACCAAAUAAAAUUGUAUAUAUGUAUAUAUAUAUUUUUUUUUUUUUGGAGACUAAUAUUCAAAUAAAUAUUUAUAUAUAUAUAAUUAUUAUAUUUUUUUUGUUCUCGUCUACCUCAAAGGAAACAAUUUCCCUACACAUUUUUACGCUCGAUGACUAUUGCUAAACUUUGGGUCAACAAAUUAGAUUUCAAAAUAAGUGUAAGUCAAUUCUUAAUAAUGUGAUGUGUGUUGUGUUGUGUUAUAAUUUGUUAUUUUAAGUGAUAGCAUUUCAUAAUAAAAUCAUUUUUAUUUAAUACUUCAUGCCAUUUUGUAUAAACCAGUAUGUUGUAGUUUAAUAGUUAAAAUUAUUUUGCUUUCAUUUUAAAUAGUGUAUAUGUAGUAAUAACUGGUUUUCAUUUCAAUCAUUUGAUUGUGGUUUAUAUUUUACUUUUCGAUUUCUGGUAAUAUUAAUUGAAUGAUCAAUUAGGUUGAGUGUUUUAAAAUAAAUUUUUUAGGUACUUGAUUAAUUAUCAUAGUAAAUUAAAUUAAAAUAUUUAUAUAAAGAUAUUAAAAAAUAGUAUUUAUUUAUUUAAUUUUAAUAGUAGUCAUUUAAUUGUUUUAUGAAUAUUUUAACUGUGGUGUUUUACUUAUAUUAAAACAAAAACCUAUUAUAAACAUAUUAAUAAUAAAAUUUGUUAAUUUUACAAGUAUUUAAAAUAAUAUAUAUAGCUUUUAUUGAACUUUAAAGUGCUAUGACAGAUAGUAAUGGUUUUGUAGUUACAUUUUAAAUGUGUAUGUUAAAUAUUUAUUUAUUUUAUUUUGUGACAAUUUAUUAUUCAAAAAUCUAUAAGUAAUAUAUGUUUUUUUGAUAUUUGAAUCCGUUUAUUUAUUGUUUAUACAAUAAAAUUAAUUAGUUUAGGCAAUUUAAUUAAUUCAAUUUUUGUUAUAAAUUAGUAAUUAAUAAUGCAUACACAUGUUUUCAAAUGUUAAAUUUAAAUAUACAACAAAUAUAUUUAAUAUAUUUUAUUUUCGACGUUGAUGAAAUAUCAAAUUUUGAUAAUUCUAUAUUUUUAGAAUUUUCAUCGCUUAUAUAUUUAUGGAAUUCCUUUAAAUAUGAGAAGUUUUUAAUUUGUCUUUGUGGAUUCCUAUAUAAUCUAUAGGUAUAAUGUUUAUCAUAUAUUUUUUUUUUUAAAAGUUUUUUUAGUAAAAAUCCUUUUUCUUACUUAUAAUCAUAAUUGAUAAAUGAGAAUUCUUUCUUCUGAUAAAUUAUUAAUUCAUAAUUUUACAAAGUGUUUUGGUUGGAUUUACACCACACCAGUAAGCAUUGCUAGGAUAACUUUAUAAUUUUGGUAUUUAGUUUUGGUUUUUAAAUGUGAAGUACUUGCACGGGCCUAGUAUAGUAUUAUAGUAUGUUAUAUUUAAUAUAAUUGUCACGAGUAGAACAGCAUAGUAUUAUGCAUAUAAUUAGUCAUUAAAACACUGAUGUUGGAUAUAAUAUUAAAUUAGGACUUUUCAAAUUUAGUACUUAGUUUACUUAUUUCUAAAUCACUGACAUGCAUAUCAUAUACCAUUGCUUCAUUAAUGGUAAUACAUUUUGUAAUUUACAUAAUUGCACCUUUAAUAUUAUUCGUUGGAUAUUAUUAUUAUUAUUCAAAAGUACAAAUAGCAUAUUUAUAUUAAUUUUUGUUUUUGUUUUUGUGUUUUUAGCAAUACGUUUGCGAUCGGACCAGUGUCGAGGUCGAGCUACAAUGGAUUGCGACCCUCCGCCGAUUGCUUCCAUUUACCAUGGUUAUCAGACAGCACCAAUGGCCAGACACCAUCUGCCUCAUCAUGUAUAUCCAAUGAAUCCGGCAUCUGCUGUCGGUGCUAUGGUUCACUGUCGACCAACUUCCUUGCCGUUCCUACACCCACAACAUCACCCGUAUCAGCCGAUACAGUCACAACCUCCACGAUCGUUGCAUUCAUUGCACAAUCACCCUCUACCUGUACAACAGCCUGUUGCACGGGUGCCGCCGACCCAUUCGAAUCGAACGAAACAAGAACAAGACGACAAUAUGAUCGGGGUAUGUAUAGGGCAGAGUCCGGUAGCAAUAAACAUAACAUGAUCAAAUCGUAUAUAAAGUGUAGAACAGAUGAUAUUUUUAAUUUUAUUUUUGUCAUGUAAAAAUCGAAUAACUGUGAUUUUUAUAAAACGGGAAGAGUAUAUAAUUUUUUAAAUAAUUCAGGUGAUAGUAUUUUUGUGGAAUAGUGUCAAAAAUGUGAUUUUUUUUUGACCUAAGCAAAUAGAUUUAUUUUUUUUUUAUUAACAAAAUUUUAGGCACGAAAUUCUUUCGGAAUGUAUUCAUCGUAGAGAACGUUUUUAUUACAUACUAUUUUUGACAUAUAUAUUAAAUUUUAUUAAAAACAAAAGUGACAAGCAAUAUUUGUCUAGUUAAUAUAUUUAUUUAAAAAACUUACACGCUCGCCAUUUUUAUCUUUAUGUUUGUGCGCAUAUCCAUCAGAGUUACCUCAAAUCAUUUUAUAACAAUAAUUCCAGACAAUUUUUUUUUCUCACCACUUCGUAUUACAUUUUAAUAAUUAUAACAAACACAGCAUAGAACUAUAACAUCUAGAAUAUUACAAUACAAAUGUACAAAUUAUCUUGAAUGAAUGUAUUUAACAUCACUUUACAUUAUGCAUUAUUUAAAAUGUAAAUUUAUUUUUUCUAAACAGUUUAUUACUAUUAAGUAAACAAAUUUUUUGUCUAUAAUUAUGUACAUUCAUUCUACGUUAUGUUAAUGUGUAUAGAUGAAAUUAAUUUCCAUUAUAUUUUUGAUCGAAAAUAAUACACUUAUACUGAACAUAAAACGAUUAACAUUGUUAAAUGAGUUAUCAUUUUCUAUAAAUUACAAUUUUGGUGAUUUUUGAUAAAAAAUCUUUCAAUGGCAUUUAAUUAUUAUUUCAUUUUUUUUUUUUUUUUACUAUUCAAAUAUAUGAUUUUAAAUUAAAUAGGUUUUGAGUAAAUAAGUAACAACUCAAUCGAAUUGAUGAUAUGGAUGCUGUUAACUAUUGAUAAAAUCACCAUCUCAAAUAAUUGACGUACCACAUAAGAUAAAAAUAUGUGAAAAAAAAGGCUAACGUGAAAAUCAACUCUUUUUGAUAAAAUGGUUUUUUUUUUUAACAGUUACUAUUUACAACGAUUUACGAUAAAUAAUACGUGCAUACAUUAUGUUAUGGUAUUUCAACAUAAUUUCAUUAUAUAUUGUGUCUUCCUGGACUAUUUAGUAUUUUUUAUUCUUAUAUAAUAUUAUUAUGUAUAAUAAUAUAUUAUAAUACAUGGUAGUUUUAUUACCCUAAGGGAUUUUUUUUACGCGUUGCCACUGCCAUAGUGUGAGAACAGAAAACAUUUUCUGUUUUUAUUUUUAAUUUAAUUAUUUUUUUUUUUUAACUCGGUUUACAUAUAAAUAUUAAAAAAUUGAACGUUGUUGUCAUGUGAUGUCAUCAUCGCUGUUGUCGUUGACGAGCUCAUAGUUAAUUUUCGAUUAGGUUUUAACAUCGACGUUGAGGUAAUUUUUUUUGUGGGCAUGUAUAAAAAAAAAAAAAAAUGAAAGGAAUAAAUAAAUAAAAAAAUAUUGUGAUAGAACAGGGUGGAAUAUCCUUAAAAUUAUUUUGGUCAUUAUUUGUACUAUGAUAAUUUAAUAUAUAUAUAUAAUAUAUAUAUACAUUUUGAUUUAUUAUUAUUUUUUUUUUUUUUUUUAAUUUUAAAGACUGUUGUGUAUAUAGACUAUUAUAGAUAUUGUACGUGAUGUUUAUAAUAUAUAAAAUUUAAAUAAUGAUUAUGUAUAAUUAUAUAAAAAAUAGGUAAACGUUUUUAUUUAUUUUUGUUUGUUUGUUUUUAUUAUUUUUUUAUUAUAAGUCAACUGUGCCCGAUUUGUAAUCAGUACAGAAAUUACACUCUUAGGGAAUUUUGGAUUGAAACAAAUUACAACGAUAAUAUUGUGUUAUUAUUAUUUAGCCAAAUCGUAUAUUAAAUAUUAAAAUUAUACAACAAAUUACACACCUAUCAUUCUGAAAUUUAUUUUCGUAAAAUAAUAUUAUUCGCAUAUGGAUUAUUAUAUUUUAAUAAUAUAUUAUUUCGUUUAGGCAAUUUAUCGUAUUACGUCGUUUACGGAUAUGUUAUUAUAUUAUUAUUUUUUAAAUUGUUUGUUAUAGUGACCGAUAACACUAAUCAUAACAGAUAACACAAAAUAACAGAAAUGCAUGCGUAUUAAUACGUGUAUGUAAAAUAAUUGAAUAAAAAAAUAUUAUGUACUUUUGAGUUUAAUAAUGUUUAUAGAUUGUAUUUUUCAC